CAUUUAUUGGAGAGAAAUCAUCAGUCAGUGUUAGUAAUGGAGGAAGGAGUGGAGGAAGGAGUGGAGAAUACGUCUCUGUUAGAGACUAGAACAACUCGACCUAGACGAGGCAAAUGGACCUUCUGGUUGGUAUGUGCUACUACAGUGUGUGUAGGAGGUUCUUCUUUACAGUUUGGUUACAACACAUCGUGUAUUAAUGCCCCACAAAAGAAAAUAACAGACUUCUUCACGAACAAUAAUCAUGAUUUUACUGACUUUGAAUGGGCAGUUGUUGUUGCUAUUUUUGCUGUUGGAGGUAUGUUGGGUGCCCUCRUAGGACCAUAUAUGGCAAACCACUUUGGAAGAAAGAAGUCUUUACUUGGAAACAAUGUUUUUGCCUUGCUUGGUGCUGUGAUGAUGUUCUUAUCCCAUUCGGCAAAUACACCAGGUUUAUUGGUCGCUGGCCGAUUCAUUAUUGGUUUUAACAGUGGUAUCAACACUGCUGUUGCACCCAUGUAUUUGUCUGAAAUAGCUCCAAUCCCACUGAGAGGUUCUUUGGGGACUCUUAAUCAAUUUGGGAUUGUCUUUGGUAUAUUGGUGGGCUUUGUGUUUGGUUUGGACAAGGUGUUAGGUACAGAAUCAGGUUGGCCAUACAUAGUGGGUUUCAGUGUUGUUCCAGCUUUACUACAAGUCAUCACCCUUCCGUGGUGUCCACGCAGUCCACGAUACCUGCUGCUCAAGCUCAAUGAAGAGGCUGCUGCUGUAUAUGAACAAGAAGCAGCAAUACGAGAGGAACACGUCGGUAUUUUAAAGAUUUUCACCAAGAAGGACCUGCAAAGGCCUCUCGUGAUAGCAAUUGUUUUACAGAUGUCUCAACAACUCAGUGGAAUAAAUGCAGUUUUUUAYUAUUCUACAUCUACGUUUGAUAAAGCACAAAUAUCAGGCAGUCAAUAUGCUACAGUUGCAGUAGGCGUGGUCAGUUUGAUUAUGACGGCCUUCACUGUCAAACUUGUGGAAGCUUGUGGUAGAAGACCGUUGAUGCUUUGGGGUUUAGGCGGAAUGGCUUUCUUCUACGUAAUUAUGACUAUUGCAUUCAGAUAUGAGCACUACAAGGCAAUGGGAUACGUGGCGGUGAUUGCUACUCUCAUUCUAGUCAUAUUCUUUCAGCUUGGACCAGGACCUAUCCCAUGGUUCAUCRCGGCCGAGAUAUUUACUCAAGGUCCUCGGUCAGCGGCUUGUUCCAUCGCUGCUACURUCAAUUGGCUGUCAAACUUCCUCGUUGGUAUUGCAUUCCCUUCAAUGCAGACUGCCUUGUUUCCUUACGUCUUCAUCGUGUUCAUCGUCUUGGUUUUCCUGUUUUGGUUGUUCGUCUAUCUUUUUGUCCCUGAGACCAAAGGACGUUCCAUUGAGGAGAUAACAAACGAAUUUCGGAAUGUGACAGAUAAUGGAACCGUUCGCUAUGCUGCUGUUAACCAAUGAUGAUGGGACUUUUACAGGGCUAUAGUACUGUACUCCUCACUUCUGAAAUAAGUCGAGGGAGAAUGGUACAUAUUGAGCGAGCCUACAAUUUAUAAUAAUAAAAAUAAGAAUAGAUAAAGAAUAUCAAAUAACAGCAUAUAAUAUCGUCUAUAUACAUUAACAACUGCUCCAUGAUGUUCUCAUGUUUUGCAUCCAUUCACUAUUGUCUGAUACAUACGGCACCAAACUGAUAAAACGUCGUCUGGUUGAAAAGAUUCAAUUGAUGAAGCUAAGGCGGAAGGGUGUUCUGGGUAAACAAGCUAGUGUUAUGCAUAUUGCAAUUUUACAGUUCUGGAAAAUUGACUCAAGCCAGUAUCGAACAAAGUAGUUUGUCACUCUYUAUUCCAACACUCUGCAAGUGCAUAGUAUAUAGACUACCCAGAAUACCCUUCGCUCUUAGCUUCGAUAACUCAGACCUUUUCAACCCGACGCUUCUUCAAUUUGCUGUAUAUUGCUUUGGAUGUCACAUGAUUGUAUGCAUGCAUUCAACAAUAAAUGUCUUUUUUCGCUCCCUGGAAA